CGAAGCCACACCUUCCCGGCGCCUUCUGAUGACGUAGUUCGUCUACACGUUGUGACGUCCGCGGCGCGCGGGCACCGGGAGGAAACAUGGCGGAGUAUCUCGCGUCCAUUUUCGGCACCGAGAAGGACAAGGUUAACUGCUCCUUUUACUUUAAGAUUGGGGCGUGUCGCCAUGGAGACCGAUGCUCCCGACUUCACAACAAGCCCACAUUCAGCCAGACGAUCGCUUUGCUUAAUAUCUACCGAAAUCCUCAGAAUUCCUCACAGUCGGCAGACGGUUUGCGCUGUGCGGUCAGUGAUGUGGAGAUGCAGGAACACUACGACGAGUUCUUUGAGGAAGUCUUCACAGAGAUGGAGGAGAAGUACGGAGAAGUGGAAGAGAUGAAUGUCUGUGAUAACCUGGGAGACCAUUUAGUGGGGAACGUGUAUGUGAAGUUCCGGCGAGAGGAAGAUGCGGAAAAAGCUGUGAAAGAUCUGAAUAAUCGCUGGUUUAACGGUCAGCCCAUCCACGCAGAGCUGUCUCCGGUCACGGAUUUCAGGGAGGCUUGUUGUCGACAGUACGAGAUGGGGGAGUGUACACGUGGGGGCUUCUGUAACUUCAUGCAUCUGAAGCCCAUAUCCCGGGAGCUCCGGAGAGAACUAUACGGCCGACGUAGGAAGAAGCAUCGCUCCCGUUCCAGAUCCCGUGAACGCCGCUCUCGUUCUAGAGACCGCGGACGAGGAGGUGGAGGCGGCGGCGGCGGUGGUGGUGGCGGAGGAGGACGUGACAGAGAUCGACGGAGGUCCAGAGACCGGGAGAGGUCGGGACGAUUCUGAGCCUCUGUUUUUAUUCCAUGUUGUGGGAGUUUUCAGUGACUGGAGUUGGCAGUGGAGGGCGCUGCACUCAUCAGCUGUGGGGGAGGGGGGGGAUGCCGGGAUUUAUUUCAUUGUAUUUCGUCUUUUUUUCUAAGAAC